CUAGUUUGUUGUGCCGAUGUUGAACUUUCGCGAAAAAUUAUAAAUGUGGCCUUCCGUUGACCCUUCGACCCAGGAGACAUAAUAACAGAGCGAGUUCUCUACGUGAGGGUGUUGUCGCGAACGGACAAGAAAAGAUUGUAUAGAUUUGAUGGUGGCUUCAGUUUUGGAGACUCGUUGAAGUAAGACCUUGGACUUUUGUGUAUAGGGGAAACGAAGGAAGAAGUGAAAAGGAUUUUGAUUUCGCUGAGAAAAAACAACAACCCAACAACCCCAAUCCCUUGAAGUAAGUACAAAACAGUUGUGAAGUGCUGACUGGUUGCGCGCCAUGGAAAAACCACCCAGCGAUGAGAACGCGCAGACGCUGUCGCCCCCGCCAGGCGAGCCGCCGAAGCAGCAAGAACAACAACAGCAAGAACAACAACAGAGUCUGCUGACGCCCGCUGCCGCCGCGGCGGCGGUAAAUCUCCACGCUGAUGGAGCGAACGGCGACGGCGGCUGCGACGCCAGCGGUUGCGGCGGUGGGGACUUGGUCAAGCGUCGCAAGAGCGCGUCCGGCGUGGCGGACGGCGUGAGCGGCAUUGGCUGGACGCGGCGGCGCUGUAGCCGGUGUGGCGUGGCCGUGAUGUUCAACGUCGGAGAGUACCGGCGGGCCAAGACAAACAUGUACCGCAACCAUGAAUUCUUCAGGGCAGACAACCAGGAAGCUCAGGAGUUGCGCAGUCGUGUGGCCAUGUUGGCCAUGGAAGAUGCUGCUAAGUUCCUUGAAGAGGGUGGUGGUGAAGUGGCUGUAGUGGAUGCAACAAACACGACCCGCAGGCGCAGAGAUAUCCUGGUGGACAUCUUCACAGUGCAGAGAAACUUCAAACUGUUCUUUGUGGAGUCUAUAUGUGAGGAGCCUGCCAUCAUCGAGGCGAAUAUUCUGGAGGUGAAGGUGUGCAGCCCUGACUACGACGGCAUGGACAAGAACACAGCGCUGGAGGACUUCCUGAAGCGCAUCGAGCACUACAAGGACGAGUACCAGUCCCUGGACUACAAGCACGACAAGGAUAUCUCAUUCAUUCAGAUCUUCAACCAGGGCGAGAGGUUCAUCGUCAACAAGCUCGCUGGCCAUUUACAGAGCAGAGUUGUGUAUUAUUUAAUGAACAUUCAUGUUUUACCUAGGACGAUCUAUUUAACAAGGCACGGAGAGAGCCAAAUGAACCUACAAGGUCGUAUUGGGGGCAACAGUGACCUCAGUGACCAGGGAGAGAUUUACGCUAAAGAGCUGGCUGACUUUGUCAAAAAGGAAAAUAUUCCAAACCUCAAAGUAUGGACGAGUGAGUUGAAGCGGACCGUGCAGACGGCACGCCACAUCGACGCCCCAAAGGAGCACUGGAAGGCUCUGAAUGAGAUUAAUGCUGGUAUCUGUGAGGGUCUGACCUACGAGGAAAUCCAGGCACAGUUUCCACAAGAUUUUGCUGACCGGGACCAGGACAAAUAUCACUACCGCUACCCCAGCGGCGAGUCAUAUCAAGAUCUUGUUGCGAGACUGGAACCUGUCAUUUUGGAACUUGAACGUCAGGAAAAUGUGAUGGUGAUUUGCCAUCAGGCAGUGUUGCGUUGUCUGCUGGCCUACUUCCAGGACAAGAGUGCCCAACGUCACACGCAACAGAUCGUCGUGUGAGGCCCUGGUGACCGUGCCAGAGCAUGUAUAGCCUACGACUGGCUUACCACAGGGCGGCGGCAGCACACACAGCCUGUGAUUGGCUACUGCAGCAGUGAGCGGCCAUUCUGGACCUGUCUUCCCUGACAUAACCGAGUGACCCCUGUACACCGACCGCCGCUACUUCCGGAGCUGUCUCAUGUUCCAGCCCAUGUUACCGUCUGUUGCUCUUUGUCCUUUUGGGCCCUGAGAAUGGCAUUGUUUUUAAUCACAACCUUUGAAGAAAUUGAGUCUCUGGAUUAGAACUGCAUACUCCUCCUUACACCUGCUCUUUGGUCUCUCACUGUGUUAACAAAUUCCAUACAUGCAGUUUUACUUUGAAAUCAACUUAGGCAAUGUCUCUUCCGUGAAACUGGGGAACUGAGUCUCACUCUGAAAACUACUGUUUUAGGACCCCUUAAUAAGUUUGCACAUUCUCAGACCAAUUUAGUUUCUAAUCUAAAUGGAAAUGCAGUUUUAAAAGGAGGGGAUUUUAGUCAUCUACUCUCAUUGUGAAUUAUUAAAAGAGCUAAAACCUUGCCAUUCUAAGAGCAGCAUUGUCAUAAUAAAGGCUCAAAUCAGGGGUGUGAUGGCAAAGGAAUAAUUGCCCCUCACCUCCCCAACCCACACGAAAGAGAAGCAAAGCAUUUUUGUUUCCAAAAGCAUUAACAAAUUUUUGUAAUUACUUUUUGAUUUGCAAUGUAUCAGGUAUAAAUCUCUUCUGGUAUUAUCCAAUUUCUUAUCAUGUUAUUUUGAAUGUAAAAAGGGAUUUUAUGAGUAUUAAAAAGACAAAGUGUCUUCUUUAAAAAAAAAGUGAGAUUUACUCCAUUAUAAGAUAAUUACGUUUGCCACCACACACACCUAUCACAUCUCCUUUACAGAUGAGACCGUCUUACUUACGAAUACUGAGGUCUUUGCAAACCUGUGAUGUAAAUAGCUUCUUCGUGAGAGUCAAGUAUUAGUCUUGACUAGGAACAUGUAUAAAUACUAUACAGAGAUUAUCUAUUUAUAAAAGAAAGUCUGUGAGCUCGAUGCCAAAUGUUGUGUGAAGAGGCCCCCAUCAGUGGGCUGGAGAUCAUGUAUACUUCCAGUGGUGUUGGUUUUCAUGGGAAAUGAGAGAAAGAGAGAGAGACAGAGGAAGAGAGAGAGAGAGAAGGGGGAGGGAGGCAGCAAAAGAGAAAGCUAGAUUUUAUUUAUUACUGUAAUCUGGAGUGUGCUGAUCUCUAACUCAAGUGUGAAUAGAAAUGUGAAAGUUGAAGAUCAUUUGAUAGUGGUGGACAGUCAUAAAUUAUGAUUGGCAGCAGAAGGAUAAGUCCUCCACAACUGAAUAGAUGUAGUUCAGGGAGAUCAGAGUUUUACGAUUCAGAAUGUGUAGCCUCAGUGAUUUUAACAGUCUCAGUUUUUGUCUCC